CAUUUCAACACAUGAAGUCUAUGAGCAGCCUUGGAGAUUGAUUCUUACCUCACAAAUUAUCUUUGGCAGCCCUUAAAUAGAUAUUUGUCUGGGAGGACCACAAAGGACACAAGACAAUGAAAAGGUUUUGUAGGAAAGAAACGUCUGUGACUCUCCGCUCAAAAACACAAAGGACAUAGAAGAUGGCGCAUUAUAAUCAACCUUUAUCCUCAUCAUCUGCCAAUGUCAAUCUGGGUGUGUCUGUCAAUCCUCAUGCCAAACCCACUGACUUUGACUUUUUGGCAGUGAUAGGUAAAGGUACCUUUGGAAAGGUACUUUUGGCAAAACUCAAAGCAGAUGGAAAAUUCUAUGCUGUAAAAGUUUUGCAAAAAAAGGUUAUAUUGAAGAAAAAAGAGCAAAAGAACAUAAUGGCUGAGAGGAACGUGCUACUCAAGAGCUUGAAACAUCCUUUUCUGGUUGGGUUACACUACUCCUUUCAGACCGCUGAGAAGCUUUAUUUUGUCCUGGAUUAUGUCAAUGGAGGAGAGCUGUUUUACCACCUGCAAAGAGAGCGAUGUUUCUCAGAACCACGGGCUCGCUUCUACACGGCCGAGGUGGCCAGUGCCAUUGGUUACCUUCACUCCCUCAAUAUAGUUUACAGAGAUCUCAAGCCAGAAAAUAUCCUAUUAGAUUACCAGGGUCAUGUGGUGUUAACAGAUUUUGGACUGUGUAAAGAAGGAGUACAAGCAGAAGAAACCACCACAACAUUUUGUGGUACUCCUGAGUAUCUAGCACCUGAGGUCCUACGAAAAGAGCCGUAUGACCGAACAGUAGACUGGUGGUGCCUUGGAGCUGUGCUUUAUGAGAUGCUGUACAGCUUACCUCCAUUCUACAAUCGAGAUGUAUCUGAGAUGUAUGAAGCAAUUUUACAUAAACCCCUUCACCUGCCACCUGGAAAGUCUGAGGCCGUGUGUCACCUCCUCUAUGGACUCUUGCAGAAAGAUCAGCGUCGGCGAAUAGGAGCUAUUGCUGAUUUUCUGGAGAUUAAAAACCAUGUGUUCUUUGCCCUCAUAAACUGGGAUGAUCUCUAUCACAAGCGAAUUACACCUCCAUAUAACCCUAAUGUGAGAGGCCCUUCAGACCUUCAGCAUAUUGACCCAGAAUUCACCAGAGAGAUGGUGCCCAACUCUGUGGGCCGCACCCCAGAAACUACACAUAGCCUGGCCACCAGCAGCUCCAAUGCUUUUAAUGGCUUCUCCUAUAUUUCUGAAGAAAAUGGCUUUCUCUGAGGCACGCCAGCUGAUUAAAGUUUUUCUCAAAUAAGGUUACGCUUUAGGGCAUCGAGCAUGGAUCACUUUUUUACAAUAAUAAAGACUUGAAAGGAAGAACAUGGACAUGCCUUGUCAUUAUUUUUAUAGACGGUUUCGGCAGCAACAACAUAAACAAGCGGCUUUGUGGCCCAAUAACUUCCUGUAGACCUCAAUCAAUAACUUUAUAGUCCUUUUAGAGUUGUUUAUUUCUGAUUUGAUAAGCAAAAUAAAUAACUAAGUAAUUUACCCUUGUAUAAUGGGUAUCAACUAC